AUGGAAGGACAGGCGAAGCUGACUAGGACACACUCACCGUUGCUCCGGUCACCGUCGACGGUUCGUUCGUAUUUUCACAGCUUAAACUUAAUCUCCGACGAUGUCUCUCACGAGAAACAAGAUCUCGAAGCCGGAGAGAAAGAAGAGAAACAGAGGAGUAAACUAUUCCGGUCAAAUCCUCGAACUGGUUUAACCCGAAUCAAUCCGGGUCUAGCCUUAACCAUGAUCUCUCUCUCUUUCCUCAGUCUCUGCUCUUUCUUCUUCUUCGGUUUGUUCUCCCAAACCGAUGAGUUUCUCACCUCCGAGAAUCUCCUCCUCGCUUUGAUCUUCGUCGCCGUCCCUCUCUUCCUCGCCGCCAAGAACAUAACACUUCUCAACCAAACGAUACACGCAAUCACCAACGCCUUUCAGAGCAAGAACCGGUCAAAACCGGUUCAAUGGUACAUCGGCGAUACAGAAACCAAACCGGAUAAGAAAACCAAACGGUUCGUUAAAGAAGGUGUACAAUUCUACAGCAAUGGAUAUUUCUACGAAGGGGAGUUUCACAAAGGGAAGUGUAACGGGAGUGGUGUGUAUUACUACUUCGUGAGGGGAAGGUACGAAGGUGAUUGGGUCGAUGGGAGAUACGAUGGUCAUGGGAUCGAGAGUUGGGCUAGAGGAAGUAGAUAUAAAGGUCAGUAUAGGCAUGGUCUUAGACAUGGUUAUGGAGUUUAUAGAUUCUAUACCGGUGAUUGCUAUGCUGGUGAAUGGUUAAAUGGUCAGAGCCAUGGGUUUGGUGUUCAGUCUUGUGCUGAUGGGAGUUCGUAUGUUGGAGAAUCAAGAUUUGGUUUCAAACAUGGGCUUGGAUCUUACCAUUUCAGAAAUGGAGAUUGUUACGCGGGAGAGUACUUUGGAGACAAGGUACAUGGGUUUGGUGUGUACCGUUUUGCUAAUGGUCAUUGUUAUGAAGGAGCGUGGCAUGAAGGUCGUAAGCAAGGGUAUGGUGCUUACUCGUUUAGAACUGGUGAUGGUAAGUCUGGUGAAUGGGAUUCAGGGAAUCUUGUAACAUCUCUUCAUCAUACGAGCGAGCAGGUACGUAGAGCGGUUCAGGCUGCUAGAGAAACGGCGAAGAAGGCGGCAGAGAGUCGGAGACGAGUAGAUGAACAAGUUAGUCGAGCUGUUGGUGCAGCUAAUAAGGCUGCAACGGCUGCAAGAGUGGCUGCGGUUAAAGCGGUUCAAAAUCAGAUGGAUGAUAAAUUUUGUCAAAGUUAA